UUAUAAUACCUUCUUGGAUUUACAAACCACAGUAUGCAAAUAUUCUACAUUUUUUAAAACCUUAUAAAUAUGCAAUUCAAUUUAGCUACGAAGUCCAUCAGCAAAGACACAAACACAUCUUUCACAGAGCAACAUAAUUACUAGAAACGACUUAGAGCGACAUUACCCAACCAGGUUUCUGAAAAUGGAAUGCAAGAACAGUACUUCUUCAUUAGCCCUUCUUCUCUCACUUAACCUUCUCUUCUUUGCUGUGGUCACUGCCACUGACCCUGUCCCUAAAUUACCUGGUUCUACAACUUCGUCCUAUUAUUCUGGAGGCAAAUGUGAUCUAUUGAAGUUAGGAGUGUGUGCCAAUGUGCUUAACCUGGUUGAUGUCGUUGUUGGAUCCCCUCCAACGCUGCCAUGCUGCAGCCUCAUUGAAGGCCUUGUCGAUCUUGAAGCUGCUCUUUGUCUAUGUACUGCCAUUAGAGCCAACAUAUUGGGAAUUGACUUAAAUGUUCCUAUCGCACUAAGCUUGGUUCUUAAUAACUGCGGCAAGGAAGUUCCAAGUGGCUUUGAGUGUUACUAGAACAUCUUCUUGGAGUCUGAUAAGCAUGUUUAAUUUAUUCUCUUUAAAUUUUUUAUUUGAUGUUUAUGGUUUGUAAACGAAAUGUAUGGUUUGUUCGUUUGUUUCCCAUUGAGGCAUCUCAUCAACUCCCUUUGUUUGGGUUCUUGUGAGGUGCCAUCGGGUUAUUACUUUGGUCUGAGUUUGAGUUCCAACAAAAUUUAAGUUCAUAAUUCUAAGUAAAAAACUAAUCGUUUCACUACCUUUUACUAAUGUGAAGGUUUCACUCAUCAAGUGACAACUGUAUCCAAAGCUCAUAUUGUUUAAAUAACAAUUAACCAUCUUACACCUCGCCAGAAUCCAAUUUGAGCCCCAUGACUGACAAAUCAUUAUUCUAUUAUCCGGUC